UCAGUUGUUUAUCAGGCUCUAAAGUGUUAAUUUCUAUUUCAAAUAUGCCUGUUAGCUUUUAUAUGUUACAGAAUUUACUGAUUCGUAGCUUAGCAGUUAAUCCAUUGCGUUAUUUAUUUCCGACAUCAACUGCAGAUAAUACUUUUCGAGGUCCAGAAUUUUACGAACCUGAUUUUCCGUCAGCCACAACACAGGUACAAAUAUUUUCGAGUGUAAAUGGAAUUGACCUGGAAACCGAUGGAUAUUUGAAACCCAAUUACCAAGACAAUAACAGAUCCCCAACUUCUUCAAUUGACUUGGAAAAUUAUGAUGAUAAUCUCUUUAAAGACAAGACUACUAAUCAGCAAACUGGCUCGACUUCAGCAACAUCUAAAAGAAACUGUCAUAUUAUAAAAUGCCCACAAAUUUCACAGCCUACAUUUGGCAGCGAUGGUAAAAAUUGUUUUGAAUUUAUGAAUACAUGUUUUUUAGCCAUCGCCAACUGCAUGCGAUAUAAUAACCGAUUGUCACGGCUCCAAGAAGUCAAAGGAAAGCAGUGUCAGAAUAUAGAGUCAUAAGUCUAAUUGUCUUUUACAAUUUUUACAGUAUUUUAUAAUAAUUAUAAUAAU